CAUAGCUAUCAUCUUCGUACAGUACUAUGACUCUCCUCCAGUUGUAUGAUCUCACGACGUCAGAGAGGCAGCGCGCCUCGCCGGAGUUCGGAUACGACAUCCGAACCAAGAAAGGCAUCGGUGACGAGGGGGUUGGUGUCGUGGCGAGAGAGAUUACUGGAAUUCUUGCAGUGCUGCCAAGUCUUGCCAAGACCGCGACCUCCGGCCAUGUCCCCGCGCCGAUGAUUGCUUCUGCUCCCCAGUUCAUGAGAUCUUGAGCUGCACCACCACAGAUGUAUGCAUGGUAUCAGCAAUAGAUUCUCUUGCCAUUAAAAGAAGAAAUGAAUCACCUUUCGUGUAUAUUUCGAGGGGGUCGGCGCUGCUGCUAAACUCUCUGACACUUAGAAGAAGCGAUGAAGAAGAAGAGUUGUAGUGUCGGGCUGCAAUCUCAAUUGCCACCUUCUUCUCUCUCCCGACGCGAGACUCGGUGUUUACCAGCGCACCAAUGUAAACGCUAGCUGCUUUGGCGCAAUAGAGAGAGGAGCAGAAGAAGAGGAACGAGAGGAGAGAAGCACGCAUGUUGUUCUACUACAUCUUCUACGCAUCAAACAUCUACAAACUCUGCAUAUUCAAGAAACAGUUCCAGGCUGGCGAAUUCCAAAUCUUGGACCAAGAAAUCACUCAGAAAUUCACUUCGCCGACUUUGACUUUACAGGGUUGACUUACGUUUGACUUGGAAUCAGUGUGAUCAGCGACUGUGGCAGCGAAGUUUUUGGAGUGGAAACGCAUGCCGCGACUUAAAGUUGUUGACCCCAACAGGAGCGAUCCUUCUCUUGGAUUUCCAUCUCCACAAGCAACAAGAACCAUGUCUUUCAGCUUACUCUUGUGGUGGUUGGAUUCAUGUUUGUUGGACACUUCAAGUGCAAGGCAUCAUCCGAUGACAGAACCAACAAAGGAAAAGGGGAAGCAAAGAUGACUUCUCCUCCUCCUCCUCCUCCAUAUUUCUCACCCUCCAAAAUGUGGCUGCCACAUUCCAACCAAUCUCUCUUAGCUCUCUUCCUCUUCGUCUCGGCGUCGAUUCUGGUCGUCGGCACACUGCGAACGAUCGUAGAGUUUUCUUUCCUGACUAAAAUCUAUUUCUCGACAACUCAUGGAGACCCUGCUGACGUACUCGAACAAGGAUGCAAUCUCUUCCAAGGGAGGUGGGUGUUGGAUGAGCACAACUCUCGCCCUCUCUACACCGAGGAGAGCUGCCCCUACUUGACCAGGCAAGUGACCUGUGGGAGGAACGGGCGCCCGGACUCCCUCUACCAGAAGUGGCGGUGGAAACCGGACGCAUGUGAUCUGCCAAGGUUCGAUGCUUUGAAGUUGCUGGAGAGGCUGAGGAACAAGAGACUCAUGUUCGUCGGCGACUCGAUACAGAGGACGCAGUGGGAGUCCAUGGUGUGCCUCCUCCAACCUGCAGUCCCCGACGGCAAACGGUUCAUCCACAAGGAUCCCCCAAGGAAGGUUUUUGUGGCGGAGGAGUUCAAUGCAUCGAUCGAGUUCUACUGGGCUCCGUUUCUAGUGGAAUCGAACUCUGAUCACGCCACGAAGCACACAGUUCAGAGAAGGCAGGUGAAGCUGGACUCCAUCACGGAACACAGCCAGCACUGGGCGGCGGUCGACGUGUUGGUGUUCGAGAGCUACGUUUGGUGGAUGUAUCAGCCUCUCAUCAACGCAACAAAUGGCUCCCAUGACGUCCGCGAGUACGAUGUCGCCGCCGCAUAUGAACUGAUGCUGAGGACCUGGGCAAAAUGGAUCGACUCCGCUAUGAAUCCCGACACACAGAAGGCCUACUUCAUGAGCUUAUCACCAACCCAUCUUUGGAGCUGGGAGUGGAGGAACGGGAGCAACGGGAACUGCUUCAAUGAGUCGUACCCGAUUCAGCGGCCAUUCUGGGGAGCAGGAUCCAGCUUAGAUGUCAUGAGAGCAGUGGCAGAAGCUCUGCAAGGGUUGAAGGUGAAGGUGACGAUGUUGAACAUCACGCAGCUAUCGGAGUUCCGCAAGGACGCUCACACCUCCGUGUACACCGAGCGAAGAGGAAAGCUCAUCACGGGCGAGCUGAGAUUGAAUCCAGAGAUGUACGCAGACUGCAUCCACUGGUGUUUGCCGGGUGUUCCAGAUACUUGGAACGAGAUCUUGUAUACGUACUUGAUACACGGUGGUCACUAAGCAUCUGUCGUAGUACAUGAGAAUUAUACACCAUACAUUCUUCUUCUUC